AUGAGUUCCAAAAAGGUGUCUUACUUUUUUAACCCGGACGUUGGAAACUUCCAUUAUGGUCCGGGACAUCCGAUGAAACCCCAUCGGCUCUCGGUUAUUCAUCACCUGGUCAUGAACUACGGGCUGCACAAGAAGAUGCAAAUCUACAGGCCUUACAAAGCGAGUGCCCACGACAUGUGCCGAUUCCACAGCGAAGAAUACAUUGAAUUCCUGCAACGUGUCACCCCUCAGAGCAUUCAGAACUACACCAAGUGCCUGUCCGUGUUCAACGUCGGGGACGAUUGUCCGGUGUUUGAUGGGCUGUUCGAGUUCUGCGCCAUGUACACCGGAGCUUCGUUGGAGGGUGCCCAGAAGCUGAACCACAAUCACAGCGACAUCUGUAUCAACUGGUCCGGGGGGCUGCAUCACGCGAAAAAAUUCGAAGCUUCCGGAUUUUGUUACGUGAACGAUAUUGUCAUCGGAAUAUUAGAACUACUCAAGUACCAUCCGAGGGUUCUGUACAUCGACAUCGAUGUGCAUCAUGGCGAUGGUGUGCAGGAAGCAUUCUAUCUAACCGAUCGCGUUAUGACAGUAUCGUUUCACAAGUAUGGAAACUAUUUCUUCCCCGGAACUGGAGAUAUGUACGAAAUAGGGGCCGAAUCUGGUCGAUACUAUUCUGUGAACGUUCCAUUGAAAGAGGGUAUAGACGAUCAAAGUUAUGUCCAGGUCUUCAAACCGGUCAUAUCGGCAGUAAUGGAGUUCUAUCAACCGACCGCUAUCGUGCUUCAAUGUGGAGCUGAUUCCCUUGCCGGAGAUCGACUGGGAUGUUUUUCGUUAAGCACAAAAGGUCACGGAGAGUGUGUGAAGUUUGUAAAAGAUCUGAACGUUCCCACGCUGGUAGUCGGCGGAGGUGGUUACACUCUUCGGAACGUAGCACGUUGCUGGACCUAUGAGACGUCGCUCUUGAUCGAUGAAACUAUAUCCAAUGAACUACCGAUGAAUGAUUAUCUGGAAUUUUUCGCUCCGGAUUUCACACUUCACCCGGAUAUCCCCUCACGACAGGACAACGCUAACAGCAAACAGUACCUGGAAGCAAUCACGCGGCACGUUUACGACAAUCUGAAGAUGUGCCAACAUGCACCCAGUGUUCAAAUGUUCGACAUUCCCGAGGAUGCUCUGCCGGAAGAGAUCAAAGUAAAAGAGGAACCAAAUCCGGAAGCCCGCAUGACCCAAGAAGAGGAGGACAAACAGGUUGAGCCGAAGAACGAGUUUUUCGACGGUGAAAACGACAAUGACAAGAGCGAAAACGAACCCUAGCACUAGCAUUAGUACACGAGUAAGGGGGUUCGCACAAUUCAAAUAGAUUACUCACUAACUUUUAGGAGCUAGUAGCGCAGCAUGUUAAAGUUUAAGUAGACUUUUAUGCUCAAUUAAUCGAAAACCGAUCAGCUUCCGUCACACUGGUUGUAGAAAUUAUGCAACCGAACCCCGAGCUGCACCUUACCUUGAUAGUUUAAGGGUUGAAGUAACGCCUUUAUUGGAAAAAAUAAUAAGUCGGUAACUGCAACUGUUAAUUUUAUCAAUGUGCGGCUCGAGGUCAGUUCUGUGAGACUCGUAGAAGCUGGUAUAUAGCAUGCAUAAAAAUAAGUAAGAUUUUAUCAUUAUCUAAGCUUUAGACGGGUCGUCCACGGUACGAUGGACAGAAGACCCGGUUUUAUACUUUUAGGAACUAAUAAAUUUUCAAUUGCUAUAGACACGCA